CCAGUUGCACGUGACUGUUGAUCCGUAGCGGAGGUGGUUUCUCUUCGUCUGAGGCCCUGUAUUUUCACAGGAAGUGAGACAACAUAAAAAACGAUAAAAAAAAAGAAAGGCAAAAGAAAACAUUUUUUUUUAAAUCUUUUUUAAUUUCGUCCAAGGGGAAAAAGGGAGUAUAAUCGUGUGUUAACUUGUCGUUGAUCUCUUGCUAUCUUGGAUGGUUCAAUGUUGAGAAAAAAAUGUCGGAAGAGCGCUACCAUUCUCCGCUCGGCUGCCGGACAAAAUCCGCAGCCAUCACUGCCUUCUUCGUCAGUUAUCUUCUAUUCGCCACCGUCCAGCCUUCUGGUGGAUUGCCUCCAGUCAUCAAAAUCGGAGCCAUUAUGACCGAAGAGCAGCGUGGCAGCCCAACAGAGCAGCUUUUCAAAUACGCCGUAGAGAGAAUAAAUCGUGAUCCGGAGCUUUUACCGAACACGACCCUGAUCUACGACAUCCACUACGUCGACCGCGAAGACAGCUGGCAUACAUCGAAGAAAGCGUGCUUACAAGUCCAACAAGGAGCGCAUGCUAUCUUUGGUCCAUCCGAUCCUCAUCUUGGAGCUCACGUCCAGUCUAUCUGCGAUGCGUUGGAGAUUCCUCAUCUCGAGGCUCGAUUAGAUAUGGACAGCGAAUACAAACCCUAUUCAAUCAACGUGUACCCACCGAUAGAUGUCAUCAACAAAGCCUUUAUGGACGUCAUGUUCUUCCUCAAUUGGACCAAAGCCGCCAUUAUUUAUGAAGAAGAUCAAGGAUUGGUGAUGCUUCAAGAUAUGAUACGCGCACCAACUGCCAAGCCAAUGGAAAUACUUUUACGGCAGGCGUCCCCCGACACCUAUAAGGACGUGCUCAGAGAGGUGAAAGCCAAAGAAUACUACAAUCUUGUAAUCGACACCAAACCGGAGAACAUGAAUUUCUUCCUCAAAGGGGUCCUUCAGCUUCAGAUGAACGAUUACAAGUACCAUUACUUGUUCACCACUUUCGAUGUAGAAAUUUUUGAUUUAGAGGCCUUUAAAUACAACUACGUCAACAUAACGGCAUUCCGAGCUGUUGACAGUGAAUACUUCCGCGUUAUGCAGACGCUCAAAGAGAUGGAAAAGGUUCAAAUGCCUGGCUACAAUCAAACAGUAAUCAACCGAACUCGCAUCCUCCAGGUCGAGCCGGCCUUGUUUUACGACUCGGUCCAUGUUUUCGCCCAUGGGCUACAGGCGCUGGACCGCAGUUCUUCACUUCGAUUGGCUAACAUGUCGUGCGAAGAUGAAGUUCCAUGGAGUGACGGAUCGUCGCUCUUCAAUUACAUCAACGCCGUUGAAUAUAGAGGAUUGACCGGUCCGGUGCAGUUCCGUGAGGGCCGUCGUACCAACUUUAAGUUUGAUCUACUGAAACUGAAAUCGCACGCUCUCCUCAAAGUUGGCGAAUGGACACCGCGAACUGGUGUGAAUCUUACUGACCCAGUUGCAUUCUUCGACGCUGGCACGAUGAACGUCACGCUGGUGGUUACCACCAACUUGGAAGUGCCGUACGUAUUGCUUGCAGAUGGCUACAAUUUGACUGACAAUGAACGCUAUGAAGGCUUCUGCGUUGAACUGAUCAAGGAAAUCUCUCGCUUGGUCGGAUUCAACUAUACCAUACGGCUAGCACCUGAAGCAAAGUAUGGCAUCUCUGAUCCCAAGACUGGAGAAUGGAACGGUAUUGUGCGCGAACUGAUGGAUCGGAAAGCGGACUUGGCGAUUGGCAGCAUGACGAUCAAUUACGCCCGAGAAAGCGUCAUCGAUUUCACGAAACCUUUCAUGAAUCUUGGCCUCAGCAUUAUGUUCAAGGUUCCAUCAAAACCGCCAGCUCGUAUUUUCUCGUUCAUGAAGCCGCUGACGUUAGACAUUUGGCUUUACGUUUUACUUGCCUACGCGCUGGUUUCGAUUACAAUGUUCCUGGUCAGUCGAUUCUCCCCCUACGAAUGGCAUAAUCCAUAUCCGUGCGUUGCCGAUCCGACAGUCAUCCGCAACCAAUUUAGCCUGGGCAACAGCUUCUGGUUUACUGUGGGCACAUUGAUGCAACAAGGCUCCGACCUCAAUCCUAAAGCCGCUUCUACUAGGAUUGUCGGCAGCAUCUGGUGGUUUUUCACGCUGAUUAUAAUCUCUUCGUACACGGCUAAUUUGGCAGCAUUCCUGACCGUUGAGCGGAUGGCUUCGCCUAUCGAGUCAGCGCAAGAUUUAGCCGAGCAAAGAGAAAUCUCUUACGGUAUAUUGGAAAGCGGGUCCACCAUGACAUUUUUUCGAGACUCGAAAAUUGAAACCUACCAGAAGAUGUGGCGAUUUAUGGAGAACAAGAAACCGUCCGUAUUUGUUUCGACUUACGAAGAAGGUAUCCGUAGAGUCCUCGAAGGCAACUACGCAUUUCUGAUGGAGUCGACGACACUCGAUUACUUUGUACAUCGAAAUUGUAACCUUACUCAGAUAGGAGGCCUGCUCGAUUCUAAAUACUACGGCAUUGCGACGCCCAUCGGAUCCCCAUGGAGAGACAGGAUUUCCUUGGCUAUUCUCGAACUCCAAGAGAAGGGUGUGAUAUAUCAAUUGUACAGCAAAUGGUGGAAGAAUAAAGAAGAAGUCUGCAACAAAUUCCCGCAAGGCAAAGAAACCAAAACGACUUUGGGCGUCGACAGCAUUGGUGGUGUUUUUGUUGUCCUUUUGUGUGGACUAGCCGUAGCCGUCCUUAUCGCCAUCAUCGAAUUUUGUUGGAAUUCGAAAAAAAGUGCAGCUUACGAGAACCAAUCUCUGUGCUCUGAGAUGGCAGAAGAAUUUUGUUUUGCCGUCCGCUGUCGUGGAUCCGUCCAGCGUCCAGCUUUCAAGCGAAAAUGCUCACAGUGCGUAACCCACUGUUCUUACUUGCGAGAAAUGGACUUGGCAUCGCAUCAUGUACCCGUGCCCUCAAACGGACUUUUAGUCGAAAAUUUCAGAGAAGAUUUCAAUUCCAGCUAUCAAAACGAAGAACCUAAUAAUACGGUUGUGUGAGGAAAAUCUCAUUGUCGAUACCUUAAAAAUGAUCUCUAUCACUUGGUUUGAAUAAACUCUUAACUGUUUUCCCUUA